AGGCUCGUGACGCGCGGCUAGACAGCGGCGGCGGCGGCGGGGUGUUUGGCAGGCGGCUGGCUGAGACCGUACUGUUUUUUAUCUUUAUUGUUCAUUCCCGCGGCCCAGGCACUCUGACGAAGGAGGAGGCAACACCAUGUCCCUUCACGGCAGCUGCUCUGAAGCUGACGGGGGAGUGGAGGCCGAGGAGAUGCCAGAUGAAGCAGGUGGGUGUGAUGAGCUGGGGUCCCGCCUGGAAGAGGAGCUGAACCGAAGCAUUGAGAAGAUGAGAGAGGAGGAGGUGGCAGCAGUGAAGUCGCCAGUGUCAACACAACCUGACAUUCCCGUGGCAAGACUGAUCAGCCUCAGCGACUCACUAUCCAGCGGUGGCAGUCCUUCAGGCAGCACCUCCCCUCAGUCUGGCGACGGGUUCCCUCACUCGUCACUGGAGCUCCUGCAGGAUGUGGAAAUGCCCACCUGCAACAUUAGCAGCUGUGACUCCACCAAGCAGAGCAUCUCUCCCACCAAGAAUGACAGUCUGGAGGCAGGGCAGCAGGCAGUGACGGAGAGCAGCACACAGGGCUGCCUGGACACUGCUGUGCUUGUGGUGACAAGCUCCCCCACCUCCGAUGACAAUCUGAAUGAUUCUGUCUUCAUCAAAGAGAACACACACUCCCCACUCUCCUUCUCUGAGCUGCUGCAGGAUAUAGAGAUGCCCAAUUUCAACCUGAGCUCCAAUGAAUACUCCAGGCUGCUCUCCCUCCCCUCCAACUCCCCCGCCAGUAUGACCCAUACCGGCUCACACCACCACCAUGCACCUGCUGAUAGCAGCGGUGAGCUGAGAGCCACCCCAGCAGCACCACCAGGCAACACAGCAACCCUCAGGGACCAGUUGGCUGCAGCGGAGGACAAAAUAAAACCAAGGAUGCUCACUCUCUCCCCCAUUAAGAAGAUGGACCUGAAAGAGAUUCUCCUCUCUCGGGACAACCCAGGGGAGCUUGACCUGAGCAAGCUGGGCAGCGACACCCUCUCCUCCAGUGGUGUUCUGGGCGAGGCAGUAGUGGUGCUGACCGAGCUGGAGAGACAGGCAGCUAACCUCACCUUGUCCCCACAACCUUCAGACCGCCGCUUCACCGUCCAUCCCCUCGAUAUGGAAGGCAUUAACGACAGCCUCCUCAACUCCUUCCAAAGUUCACCACAGAAGCCACGGCCUGAGUCAUCGCAAGACUGUCCGCUGCCUCCUGUGUCCAAGGCAGAGGGGACUGGUGAGCCACAGGGCCAUAGGACAGCCAAGGAGAACACCAUCGACAGGCUCACCAAACUGCUGGGAAUCACUACUGACCAAGACACAAGUACUGGUGACAAGGGAACAACAGCCAACCCACCACAGACAGAGAAGAACAACUGUACAUUUACUCCUGCUGAAACAUGUGCUAACCAGACCUUCAAUGCCCUCAGCCACCCAUUGAAAGAGGGAAACCCAGCCAUCAACACCACUUUUGACUCUAAAGCUCCUACUAAAACUGCUGAUCCUUCUGCCAACACCACCUUUGACUCUAAAGCUCCUGUCAAAACUGCUGAUCCAUCUGCCAACACCACUUUUGACUUGAAUAAGCAGGCAGCAGGGAGUGGAAACCCAACAGCCAACACUACAUUUGACCUCAACCAGGCAGUAGGGAAGGCACAUCCAUCCGUCAACGUUACUUUUGACGGCAAGACACAACCAGCCGGGAAGGGAAACACAGCUGCCAACACCACCUUCGACCUGAACAAUGCAGCCAAAGGAAAGACUAACUCAGACGCCAACUCAACAUUCGACUGCAACAAACCAGCAACCAAUGCAACCUUUGACAAAAACACGGCAGCAAAAUCCGAAGAACGACCCGCCACCACUGCCAACACCACAUUCGACUUCAACAAAAACCAGGAAGGGAACGGAGCCACCAACUCGACCUUUUCCACCCAGCCUGAGAGUGACAAGGGCGAGCUCAACGUGACAUUUGAGAAGGGCGAGUACAGGAUCGGCUCACAGAACGAAACAGUGAACUUGAUGGACGCGGAGGAGAACAUUCUGCAGGUGAUCCUUGAUGCCACACCCAAGAAGAUCUCUAAGCAGCCACCCAAGGCCUCCUCCACCCCCAAGACCACAGGGAAUCCACAGCAGCCUCACCUCAAAGCAGGGCUCAUGAAGGCCUCAACCACGAAUUUCCUGAACCGCCUGCUGGAGGGAGCUAAAAAGGAGGGCCAGCAGGAGUCAGCACCCCCUACCACCACCACUGCCACCACCACCACCUCGGCUAUCACAGGGAUGAAGCUUCUAGAUGGUGCCAUGUUAGGGGGCCAGCAGCAGCAGCAGCAGCAGCGUCGACAACUGAAAGGGCGUCCAGGUCCCAUGAAGGCCCUGCCCCUCAGCAUGGUGGUCACUAAUGCUGCACACCUGGAGGCUGCUGCAGGCGGCGACAGCUCUGGGGGAACCAACGGCAAUGGCAGGGAGACGUUGUGCCAGCGGAGGAAGGUGACGGUGCCUUCUUUUGGGUCCCUGAGCAGCAUUGAGAGUGAAAUGCCCAGCACUCCAGACUGUGGCAUCAACUGUAACCUGAGCAUAUCGAGCCCCGAGGCAUUCAGAAUGGACAUCCUGCCGUGUGCUCCCUGCAUCACCAGCACGCCAACCUUCACUGGGCGAGGCGUGUUCACCAUGAUGGAGAUGGACGGUGCCAUUCCCACGCCCAUCUCACAGGUCUCCUCCAAGCCACACUUCUCCCGCCUCGUCAGCUCCUCAUCCCAGCCUGAGGGAAUGUCCAGUGGGAGUGUGGACAAGGAACAAACACACAGAAGAUCCUCCAGUGACGAAGCAAAGCCCAAGAGCCCUCCUGAUCAGCCCCAGCCUUCCCCAGUAGACACAGCCCCAGUCCCAACAGCAGUGACACCCCCAGUCCCAGCCCAAGCAGACAUAGCCCCUCAGCCACCAUGCCCCACCCCUGCCAGGCCUGUGGAGGUGGACAGCACAGGUGGAAAGGAAACUGAAGAAUGUGUGGAGCAGCAGAAACCUUCCACUUGUUCAGAUGUAACUCAGACUGUGCCACCUUCACCACAAGCACAUCCACUACCACCACCUUCAUCACCAGUACCUCCUCCUCCACCACCAGAAGUAAAGCAAGGGACAUCACCACUGCAGCCAUCAUCACUAGUACCUCCAGCGCCAGGAACAACACAGACAGUAUCGCCACAACCACCGCUGGAAAUUGCACAGCCAUCUUUAUCACCAUCAUCACAACCAUCAGCAGUAGCCAAAGAACCAUCCUUACCAUUACCACCAUCACACACCACAAUGACAGGACCAUCACAAGCACCACCACCACUGCCAACAACAUCAUCAUCAUCAUCAUCAUCAUCAUCAUUAUCAUUAUCACAGCCAUCACCACCACCACCACCAGAAACAAAGCAACCAGAGACAUCAUCAUUGUCACCACCACGGCCACCACCAACAACAACAACAGCAACAGCACCAAGCAAGAAAAGCACCACUAUAACUAAGCCACAGAGGAAGCCACUCGUCUCACCAUCACACACAGUGAAGUCAAGGCAGAGUGCAUCAGUGUCACCACCAUCAAGGAUCACCAGACCACAGAAGAAAAUCUUAGCUUCACCACUAUCAACAAAGUCACAAUCAGCACCAGCACCAGCAGCAAGAAGGGAUGGUAACCUAAAAAGACCAAGCACUCUUGUGAAGCCUGCCAUGCCCAAGGUGAGGCAGGUCCAGCCACCAAACAUGUCUGAUAAGGAGAACAGGAGGAGGAGCUCACUAUCAGACAUCACCAGGCAGGGUCCUCCACAACCUGCUCCUCCAACAAAGGUUGAGAGACAGUCACCAUUGCUCAGUAAGAGGAAUCCAGCUCCCAGAUUGGUGCUAAAGCCAUGCAACACCAACACAAAGCCAGUCACCAGCAAUCCAAAGGUCCCUAGCCAUGUCCCAGCACUGAAAGGUAUUCCACUCAAGAGUAAUCCACAAGUAGAGACUGUUGGAGUGGCAAGUGGCAAGAAUAAGAGUAAUUUAAGGAAGUCCUCACCUCAGCCUAGGAGUGGCUUGCCCAGAUCCUCCUCAGGCUCCAAGUUACCAAAGACUCUAAAUACAUCAGACAGUAACCUGCCAUCCCUGAAGAUAUCAUCAAGUUACCCUAACAAGCCCCAAGGAGCAAGUCAAGCACCACCAUCAGUACCACAAGCACGUAAGUCUGGGUUGAACUUGAGUGGCACUUCAGCACCAGCCAGCACCAGCAUCCCUCCAGCUAAGACUUCCUCAGCACCACAAAUCAAACCCAACCUAACUGUGAGGAGUAGCUUGGCAUUGCGACAGAAGCCAUCCUUGCUGAAGACUCCCAAGCCUCUGCUCUGAUCUCACCACCAUUCAAGUAAAAAGUACGGAUCUUUUGUGUACAUAGUCACCCUCCUUGUAGUCAUUGCUUUCUUGUAACAUUUAAUAAUUGCUCCAUUAAAAAAAAAAAAAACCUGUCUUUUUAGAUAAAUUUUGGUAACUGA